UUACCGUUACUGGACAGAAUUGCAUAACAAAGAAAAACCAACUGAACAAAAAUUCGCUACUAAAACCAACGAACAAAAAUCUGUUACUGUUACUAAACAGAAUCAAUAUCAUAACAGGUCAUGA